AUGCCGAAGAGGGCGGCGCCGCGCGUCGGACACCAGGCGCGGCUCGACGCGUUCCUCUCCCCGCGAGGCGGCGCCGGGGGGCGCGGUCGAGCCGCGGACCGCGGGUCGAGAUUCGUCGCGUGUCCCGCGUGCUUCGCGGACGUCCCCGCGACGCUCAUAAACGAGCACCUCGACGACGGCCGAUGCGGGGAGAGGGAGGAAGCGACGCGGCGGAGACGCGACGGCGGCGGCGGCGGCGAGACGGCCGCGGCCGCGGUCAACGUCCACGGGCAGAUCGCGCACACCGCGAGAGGGACGCCGUGGCGAAGAUCGAUGGCCGCGAGCGGGAUGGACGCGCUCGAGGACGACGACGCGCGGAGACGCGGGGACGACGACGACGACGACGACGACGUUUGCGUUUCGAGGGAUGGGAACGACGACAUCGCGAACGACGCCCCGGGCGACGCGUCGUCGAACGUCAAAGACACACUCGCGCGGCUCAUGCGCGCGUCCGCGGCGACGUCCACCUCGAACACGCCGUCGCUCCCCGGGCAUCAUCUCCUCCUCGACUUCAUCACCGAGGACGAGGAGAACGCGCUCGUCGCCUUUCUCGACGACGGCGAGCGCGGGAUCCACGACUGGAAGCCGUCGACGUUCAACGGCGCGCACAGAGGGAAAGCGUGGGGGGUGCGGGUCGACCUGAAGCGCCGAACCGUGAGCCCGCCGACGCGCGAGAUGCCGCCGCGUUUGCUCGCGGUCGCGGAGAAGAUGCGAGGCGCGCACGCGCUCUUGGCGCGCUUCUCGCCGAACGAGGCCAACGCGAUAUCGUACGACAAGCGCCUCGGCGACCGACUGCUCUCGCACGUGGACGACCGGCAGCUCUCGUCGGACGUGCUCGUGAACCUCUCACUGUGCGGCGAGUGCGUCAUGACGUACGAGAGAACGACGACGCGGUCGUCGGGCGGCGGGACCCGCGGGAGCGAUAGGGUGGACGUUCGGCUGCCGCGGCGGUCGCUGCAGAUACAGAGCGGCGACGCGAGGUACGCGUUCGCGCACUCGAUCGCGAACGAAAACUUGUUGGACCCGCGGCGGGUGUCCAUCACGUUUCGCGAGAGCAGAACCCCGAGCACGAGGACGACGACGCGCGGGAAGUGA